UGUGGAUCUCUACUCUCGCGAGACUUUCAAGAAUCACCCAUCGCUGUCCUUUCAGAGCUGUUGCCGUGGUAACCAAGAUCCACAACUGCUUCUAUCGGGCUUUGGUUAUUUUGAGACUAAAAUUGAGACCGGGACAUAUUCAGCUUUUCCUUAAUUAUUUAGGUUUGUUUUGAGCUUUUACCUCCACGAUGGUUAGCGACCACUACGAGACGCUGGAAAUAAACAGAAACGCCACAGAUGCAGAUAUAAAAAAGGCAUUUCGACGUCUCGCAUUGAAGUUUCAUCCGAGCAGAAACAAGCAAACUGGAAGCGCCGAGAAAUUCAGUCAAGUGGGGGAGGCCUACGAUGUGUUGAGCGACCUCCGGAAGAAGGCAACCUAUGACAAGUUUGGUGAGGACGGAUUAAAAGGUGGGAUCCCACCCGAGUUUGGCUGCAGUGGGGCUUGGUCAUCUAAAUAUGUCUACCAUGGGAACCCAGAGAAAACAUUCAGAGAGUUCUUUGGAGGCGACAACCCUUUUGCCGACUUUACAAAUGAUGCCCCACUUCACUUUGGUGGCCUGCAACCGGGAGUGGUGAAGACACAAGAUCCUCACAUGGAGAGAGAUCUUCAUUUGACCCUGGAUGAUCUCUUCAAUGGGUGCACAAAAAAGGUUAAGAUAUCUCGCAGGGUUAUUAAUGAGGAUGGAUGCACAUCCAGUAUCAGAGACAAGAUCCUGACUAUAGCUGUGAAGCCUGGGUGGAAAGAAGGCACAAGAAUUAUUUUCCCCAAAGAGGGAGAUCAGGGACCGAACAGCAUCCCUGCAGAUAUUGUGUUCAUAGUGCGUCAGGAGAGUCAUCCCCUGUUCGUAAGACAAGGCAGUGACCUGAUCUACAAGGUGCAAAUCACUCUAAAGUUGGCCUUGACGGGGUUCUUCAUGGAUGUGCCGACACUAGAUGGCAGGCUAAUCACUAUCCCCAUCAAUGACAUUGUGCACCCUUCGUACAACAAAGUGGUGACUGGAGUGGGAAUGCCACUGUCCCAGGAUCUUUCCCAGAGGGGAAACCUCAUUGUCACUUUUGACAUCCAGUUUCCCAAGAAGCUCUCUGCUGAAAGCAGGGAUCUGAUUAAACAAGCUCUGGCUUCUAAAUAUUGA